UGUUUGGAUCAUUCCGUCUCGAGGCUUGAGUGAGAGAAGAGAAGGGAGUGUUUCCCGUCAGCCACUGAAGUUUUACUAGUCCUAAUAAUUUCUGUCAGAACUUGAAUAAUAAUAUUUCAGACAGGCCCAUUCUACUACCGGGGUCAACACUGUUUUGGACCAAAGUAUAAGUCCAGUUUUCUAAUUCCGGUUGUUGUUUUUUUCUCUCCCGUUGGACGACAUCGGGAUAGCCUCAUUAGCCAAGUUAGCUCGCUAGCCGGAGUAACGUUACGGAGACUUCAUAAUGCCCACGCUGCGGGACAGCACCAUGUCCCACCCCGGAGAAAACGCGCACCAGGUCCGGGUAAAAGCUUAUUACAGAGGGGACAUCAUGAUCACACAUUUUGAUCCCUCCAUCUCCUAUGAGGGGCUGUGCAAUGAGGUGCGGGACAUGUGCUCCAUGGACAAUGACCAGCUCUUCACCAUGAAAUGGAUUGAUGAAGAAGGGGAUCCAUGCACCGUUUCUUCUCAGCUGGAGUUGGAGGAGGCCUUACGUCUCUAUGAACUCAACAAAGACUCGGAGCUUAUUAUUCACGUGUUUCCAUGUGUCCCUGAGAAGCCUGGCAUGCCUUGUCCUGGAGAAGACAAGUCCAUAUACCGUCGUGGAGCUCGACGCUGGAGAAAACUCUACUAUGCCAACGGACAUGGAUUUCAGGCCAAACGUUUUAACAGGCGUGCUCAUUGUGCCAUCUGCACAGAUCGUAUCUGGGGCCUGGGCAGGCAGGGAUACAAGUGCAUAAACUGUAAAUUGCUGGUCCAUAAGAAAUGCCAUAAAUUGGUCACAGUGGAGUGUGGUAGACCAGUAAUGCAGGACCUGAUGAUUGGAAGAAUAGAUCCAGGGUCCACUCCAUCAGAGCAUGCUGAUCAAGUUCUAGACAAAAAGAACUCAAUGGAAAGUAUCAAUCAUGAGGGAGAAGAGCAUGAGGCUGUGGGCAGUCGGGACUCCGGGAAGACUGUGUCCAGUUUGGGGCUAAUAGACUUUGACCUGCUCCGAGUGAUCGGCAGGGGCAGCUACGCCAAAGUACUGCUGGUGCGUCUCAAAAAGACAGACCGCAUCUACGCCAUGAAGGUGGUGAAGAAGGAGCUGGUUAAUGAUGAUGAGGAUAUUGACUGGGUUCAAACAGAAAAGCAUGUGUUUGAGCAGGCUUCCAACCAUCCCUUCCUGGUGGGACUUCACUCAUGCUUCCAGACAGAGAGCAGGCUAUUCUUUGUAAUCGAAUAUGUGAAUGGAGGUGAUCUAAUGUUCCACAUGCAGCGACAGAGAAAACUUCCGGAAGAGCAUGCCAGGUUUUACUCAGCAGAGAUCAGUCUCGCCUUGAACUACCUCCAUGAGCGUGGAAUCAUUUACAGGGACCUGAAGCUGGACAAUGUUUUGCUGGAGUCAGAGGGACACAUCAAACUCACUGAUUAUGGCAUGUGUAAGGAGGGACUGAGACCAGGAGACACAACCAGCACUUUCUGUGGAACCCCCAAUUACAUUGCACCUGAGAUUCUGAGAGGAGAAGACUACGGGUUUAGUGUGGACUGGUGGGCACUGGGCGUCCUGAUGUUUGAGAUGAUGGCUGGGAGGUCACCCUUUGACAUAGUCGGCAGCUCUGAUAACCCUGACCAAAACACUGAAGAUUAUCUUUUCCAAGUAAUUUUGGAGAAGCAGAUCAGAAUUCCCAGAUCGUUAUCGGUUAAAGCUGCUAGCGUGCUGAAGGGAUUCCUCAACAAGGAACCAAAGGAACGCCUCGGAUGUCACCCUCAGACAGGCUUUGCAGACAUCAUGGCCCAUCCGUUUUUCCGAAAUGUAGACUGGGAUCUUAUGGAGCAGAAGCAAGUGGUUCCGCCCUUCAAGCCCAACAUCUCUGGCGAGUUUGGGCUGGAUAACUUUGAUGCCCAGUUCACCAAUGAGCCCAUUCAGCUCACGCCUGACGAUGAUGAUGCUGUAAAGAAGAUCGACCAGUCCGAGUUUGAAGGCUUUGAGUACAUCAACCCUCUGCUGAUGUCAGCGGAGGAGUGUGUGUGAACGGCCUGUGUGUUUCGGUUUACGUGCAUAUCAUCUCUGCCUUUUCUUGCAUGGUCGCAAACAAUCAGAAAGGAAACAGCCACCUGACUUCAUUUUGUUGGGACCAGAUGGGACAUUAACUUUGCCAAACUUCUUUCACUUUCUGCCAUUUGUAACCACUAGUCCUUAAGUCUAUUUUUCCUUGUUUAUUUUUGUGACAUAUAAAUCAGCACUGAUGAAAUUUAUCAGUGCCUUUGUGCAUUAACCAACGUAGCUGGAAUGCCAGUUUUGGGUAACUGAACACUCUGCAAUCUAAAGGAAAUAAUGACUGUGAUGGUACGCAGGACCUCAUAUGGCGAUGAUGUCUGAUACACAUUUUAUUUGUAUAUAUUAAAGAGAAUCCAUUGAGCAUAUAUAGUAAGCCAUUUUUAAACUCCAUAUACCACAUGGGAUAUUUUUGAAGACUUUUUUUUCAGAUUUUCUGUUCUGCCUCUCAGAAAAAAAAGUGUAGUGUAAGGAAGAAAAACUUUAUACUUUGUUUUACUGUUAUUUGUUAUUAUUAUUUAAGAUUACGGUCAUCUAUAUAGAAUGUGCACAAUAUAUUGAAUAAGAGUUUUCCAUAAGUUGUUUUAAUAUGAUUGGGCAUGUGGCCUCGUCGUAGAUUGAAGUAGGUAUCAAACUUGUAAGAAUGGAGCAGGGAACACUAAUGAAAACUGUUGUAAAUACUGACAAACUGUGAAAGGAGAAGUUUUCUGUAUAGAGGGGGAAUGAGGGAGAAAAGUACAACAGCUUUCAUCAACACAGGACCAAAAUAAGACACUAAAAUGAGUAUGUUCCUGUCAGUGCUCUCCGUAUUGACGAGGUAAAAAUAUGUUUUUACUCUUCAGCUGCUGCAUGUAUGAAGUAUUUCUCACUUUUUCUUCUUUUGUUUCUUGCUUUUUGUGUUACAUGUGAUACAUUGCCUUUCUGGUUAUGAUAUUUAGUUUAUAUACUUCUUAACAUUGAGCGUCAAUGGAUGUGAGUUCAUUGUUUCUCGUUACAGUCACGGAAAAGAUCAUAUGCAUGAUGUAGUAAAGGGUCUUGGAUUUUGUUUACCCUUCACAAUCCCAUCAAUGGCGCCGAGCUCUUUGGGUGGAGUGCUUUGAAAACAGAUCAUGUCUGGAUGCAUUUUUGUUUGUUUGUGUUUUUUGAAAGGACCUUUGACAAUAAUGACCAAAUGAUGAAAUUAAACACAAGUGACUCAUACACAGAAUAACCCGUUCUCAUUCCUCAUCAUGCAUGUAUCAACUUGCUUAUAUUUUCACAGAUGUUCACACUGGUUUUGAGCUGUGAGGAACUCGUUAGCAACCUGGCGUUAUAAAUGAUCGAGUCACUUAAAGCCCUCAAUGCAUUCCCAGAAAAAAAUAAAUAAACAAUGUGCUAAUAUGCUUUAAAGAAGCAUCAGGGGGCUGAAGUGGACUGUUUGUUUUAUUUUUUUUGUAUAUUCUGUGUAUUAAUAUGCACAUGGAAAACACUAUCAACUGACUAGAAUAAACUACCACUUUUUUAAACUAAA